AUGGGGGACGCCUGCCAAGGGAGGGAAAGGGGCCGUAGAGUCUAUAUAUAAAAGGGGAGAGAGAGCAUCUUCCUUCACCAGGAGCAUCUUCUUCUUCCACCGACGAAAGGGACGGCUGAGCUGCAGCGAGGAUAUAUUAUGAGACUCUCGGCGAUAGUUUUGGCACUCGCUGUAGUGCAGGUGAUGGGUCUCCCGACACCACCGGAGACUCCAGCACUGACCAAGAUCCCCAAGCCUGGAAUCAACCUCAAAGAAGUGGGAAACUUCCCCUACUCAGACCCGUCAGUCUCUCAGGUGAAAAUCGAGCCUUCCAAAAUCUCCCCAAAGCCCGUCGCUACGAACGAACGCGUCUUCCCUCUCGACGAAACCGUAAACGAACCCGCCCACUCUAAAAAUGAGCCUGCUUUUCCUCAGAAAGAACCUGCUUUUCCAUCAGGAGAUGAGACAGCUCUCAGAACAAAUGCCGUGCUAGCUUCUGAGAAGAGCAGCGUCAAAGCAGAAGAGCCUGCUGUAAGCGAAAUCCCACUGAAAACGGACAAUCCUUCCAUCUUUUCUAGCUCGUCUGAUUCUACCAUCAUUGAUGCACCUCCUGCACCGCAAACUGCCACUACUCCCGUCAAGCCAGACGCUGAACUCGUAGGGGACGUACCCUCCAUCAGAGCUUCUGUCGACUCUAUUCAAGCAGCUGUCCCAGCUGAGGGAUGGGAGUCCCCCCAAGAAUUCUUCGAGGAAAGCGCUGACAUACCUGUCGAUCAGGGCAUUGUACUGUCAGUCUCGUCGUCAGUGCCACUCGAAGAAUACGACUCCCUCUCCUUAGCGAUCAGAGUUGACGCACCAGAACCUGUUCUGGAAACCCUCGCCAGCAUCACUCCCCAGGUAGUACUACCCGUGGUCGCAGACUCACUCCCGGUUUCCGAGAUGGUCGUCGCUUCUUCCCCCAUGAUGAUCGCCAUCGUCCCCGACGCCCUGCAGGCUCCCGACCCUCCAAUGCCAACAGUUGAGGUGCCUUUCGUCGGCGGGCAGUACCGCAGCCAAGACGAAGCCGGACAGUACAGUUUCUCCCACUGGGGCGGCUCACACACCCGCACGGAAGUCAAGAACAUGGCGGGUGUCGUCUCCGGUAGCUUCGCUUACCUCAAUCCCGAGGGAGAGAUCCACGUCAGGAAGUACGUGGCGGAACCAAUGAAAGGAUUCAGGGUAGCGGCGUCAGACCUGCCCAUCGACGAACUGCUGGCAGUGCAGGAUCUCCCCGCCGUAGCUCAGGCAAAGGCAGCGCACGCCGAGCUUAUUGCUAGCAUAAGGGCACAAGGAGAAGCAAAGGCCAUGUCCGCUUCGUAGGUUCCACUUCGUUAUAGCCGAAAAUAUUCCGUCCGACUGACCUCUUUUUUCCCCUCUACGUUUUGCGAAUCUGCUGUCGUCCUUCUGCGCUUUUCCUAGGCAUGUUUUCAAAUAAAUACUAAUACUAUGCAA